CCGAAUCGGGUUUUUAGCCAUUGGUAGCACAUAUUUGACAAUUCUAUCCAUCACUGUCCUGUGUCAACAAUAGUUAGUGUUUUGUGGUUUUGUUUUGGAAAACAACUGUCUGGAAUCUGGAAAGCAUAAAUAAUCUAUGGUUAUUCUGUGCUAUGGUGGAAAGUAGAAAAGAAAUUGUGGAAAACAAGAAAACAAACGAUAAAGUAUGGAUGUGGAAAAUUCUCUAAAGAAUGAAUCAAAUGAAACACUUUUGGUUUCUGAAGAUGAUGGUAUUCAGUAUUCAGAUUUUGAAAAUGUUGAAUAUGAAGAAGUAGGUGAAGAUUUAUGUUCAAAAACAGGAGAUGAAUUCUCCUUAUCUUUUAAUUCUCUAAAAAAUUAUCACAGGAAAAGGACACGAAACUUCUCUCAAAGUGAGUGUAAUUUAAUAUGUGCUAUUUUACAAGACUAUUAUGAUAUAGUGGAAAAUAAGAGGAAUGACCACAAAACUAAUUUUUUAAAAAACAAAGCCUGGUCUGAAAUUACUCAGAAAUUUAAUGAUAAUACCAAAGAUGAAUAUCGAACAGCCCUACAACUGAGGACCUUUUAUGAAAAUUUGAAAAAGAAAAGAAAGAAGUUGUUAUUAGAGAAUGGGGAACCUACAGAUUCUUCAGUAAGUCAAAUUGAAAAAAUAAUUAUAACUGAUAUUGAAACGCAACCAGCAAAGUUAUAUUUGAGAGAAAACAAAACAGAUACCCUUAAGAAGAAUAGUUUUGCAGAAGAAUAUCAUAGAAAAAGGAUUGAAUUAGUAGAUAAAGAAAUUGAAAAAGUUAAGGCAGCUUGUGAGCAACAGCAGAGAUUAUUUCUGUUGCAAGAAGAAAAAUUAUUGUUAGAAAUACAGGAAAUCAAAGAGAGAUUAAAAAAAUAGUUCCAUUAAUAACUUUUUUUUAUUUCGAGUAAGUAGUAGCUGACCUGAAUCGCGAAUAUAUCAAUGUGUCAGUAUAUCAUAAUUAAAUGUUGAAUACA